CUGUUUGCGGCUUGGAGGGAGGUGGGGGUUCGGGUCCUUUGGAAAGUUGUUGCCACCCCUCAGCGGCGAAAAAGGGGGCGCCACUGGGACCAGCGGGCAGGCACUCUAUAGUGCGUGCAUGCGAGCGGCACCACACAAGCAAUGGUCUAGUAGCUGUGGUCGGUGCUUGGAAGCGGACUCUGUCUUUGGUGCCUAAAUAGUAAAGGAAGGUUCUUUGGGUUUGGGCACGUUUUUCAGGUGUUAGCGAGUGCACGCCAUAUUGUAGCGCAAUGUGUCCCCUAUCAUCGAUCAUCCUGGCGUAUGCUCUCCGGGUCAUCGAGGCGGCGCGCGGUUGGCGGGCGCCCGUCACGUGAUAUGCUAAUGUUCUUCGACGGGCGGAGUCAGCGCUCAGUUAAACGACAACCCCAAAGAAAAAUUAUUUCCAUCCAAUUCAUCCAAAAAUUAAUGAUCAUGAGUUCGUAUUUGAUGAACUCUCCCGCUUAUACUGAUCCCAAAUUUCCACCGAAUGAGGAGUACUCUCAAGGGAAUUACAUUCCUAGCCACGGUGGGGAUUACUACACGCCGUCGCAUCACCACCACCAUCAUCCACACCAUCAACAACAUCCACACCAUCAACAUCACCCGCCACCACCGAGUCAUCACCAACAUCCCCAGCAACAUCAUCACCAUCACCCAUAUGCCGGUUAUCCACUAUCGGGGCCCGUUGCUUACGGACAGGAAAAUGGGAGUCCCGUAUAUGGAUCGCCGACGGCGGGACAGCAUUAUUACCGACCACCACCUCCACCGCCCUGCGGAAUGGGGCCCGUGUCGCCCUUGCCCCGCACGCCCACCUUGCCUGUCGAUCACGUCCCCGCGACUAGCCUCAGCCCCGUGCCCCCGACGGGCCCUUCUCAGCAGCAGCCGUCGCAGCAGCAACGGUCGCCGGUAUCUUCGCCG